CGCUCGGGAGUUCAUUAAUAUCAUUAGCAUUUAACCCACUCCCUGCCCAGCGCAAGGCUGACGUCACAGCCCUCGAGGAGUUGUGGGGGGAGAGGCAAGGGGAAGCUACGUGGGCGAGGGGCGUCUUAUUCCCCUCCCUACUGCUGCCUGUCAGAGCUUCUCGGGGGAUAUUACAGGGGCUUCAGCCUGGAGCUCAAAGCACAAAGUCAUCCAGUGCUCUGAUCUCUCCUAGCUGCACUAAGGCACUCAGCACAGAAUCCAGCUCACACAUCCUACCUUCUCCUUUCAUUGCUGCUGGUAUUAUUUUUCUUCUGGGACAGUAAUAGCGAGCCCCCGUCUAAACCGUUUGGGUUCUCCUCGGCUCCGGGAAGGAUUUUCUUGCAGGACCAACAAACCGCAGCAAACUUGUCUCUGUCUCAAGAAACCUUCCCAAGAAGCUGCCAGAGCUGGGAAGAGACGCGAGGAUGUGUCGAUUCCCAACGGGCAAGGACUUCUGACUGCUUGGGAAACACCUGUCACUGAGAGAGAAAACCAAGAAAGGGGAGAAUAGAGAUCUCCCCAAAGCAGCAAGACUUUAGCCAGAGUUAGCGAUUUCCAAAGGGAUUCAAGCAUGAGCAAGCCGGCAGGAUCAACAAGUGGGUAAUAUGUGGUGCAGAUUGCUAACUGCCUUUAGAAGAACUGGCCCAGCCUGGGUGUUUUGCAAAAGCAUGUUCUAUUUCCAUCUGUAGCGGCAGUUAAUACACAGUCAGGCCCCAGAUGGGAUUUGGGGAGAUUGGGACAAGUUCUCGCAAAAUGCUGGGUUUGUCAUUUCCAACAGCUUGUUUUGAUCGUGCAGCUCUCUCAUGAAAUCUUGCUCCACUUUUGAUGUCGAGCAUGUCUGACAUGCAGUUAUACGUGCAGCGAGUUAGUUAUAUUCCACCUGGAGGUCGUAUAUUAGACAUCCCUUGUAAAGUGUGUGGGGACCGCAGCUCCGGCAAGCACUAUGGGGUUUACGCUUGCGAUGGAUGCUCAGGAUUUUUCAAACGGAGCAUCAGGAGGAACAGGACGUACGUCUGCAAAUCUGGAAAUCAGGGAGGUUGCCCCGUGGAUAAGACACACAGGAACCAAUGCAGGGCGUGUCGACUGAAGAAAUGCUUGGAAGUCAACAUGAACAAAGACGCUGUGCAACACGAAAGAGGUCCAAGGACAUCCACAAUAAGGAAGCAAGUCGCGCUGUAUUUCAGAGGACACAAGGAAGAGAAUGGAGCUACACCUCACUUUCCCUCAGCAGCUUUACCUGCUCCGGCCUUCUUUACUGCUGUCACGCAGCUGGAACCCCACAAUCUAGAGCUGGCUGCUGUAUCGACGACCCCCGAGCGGCAGACGUUGGUGGGCCUGGCACAACCAACUCCAAAGUAUCCCCAUGAAGUCAAUGGUACACCUAUGUACCUCUAUGAAGUGGCCACUGAAUCUGUUUGUGAAUCUGCCGCCAGGCUUCUCUUUAUGAGCAUCAAAUGGGCCAAGAGCGUUCCAGCCUUUUCCACUCUGUCAUUACAAGAUCAGCUGAUGCUUUUGGAAGAUGCUUGGAGAGAACUGUUUGUUCUAGGAAUAGCACAAUGGGCCAUUCCAGUUGAUGCUAACACUCUACUGGCUGUAUCUGGCAUGAAUGGUGACAAUACAGAUUCUCAGAAGCUGAAUAAAAUUAUUUCAGAAAUACAGGCUUUACAGGAGGUUGUGGCUAGAUUUAGACAACUUCGGCUAGAUGCUACUGAAUUUGCCUGUCUCAAAUGCAUUGUCACUUUUAAAGCUGUACCUACACACAGUGGUUCUGAACUGAGAAGUUUUCGAAAUGCUGCCGCCAUUGCAGCUCUUCAAGAUGAAGCUCAGCUCACUCUGAACAGUUACAUCCACACCAGGUACCCCACACAACCCUGCCGUUUUGGAAAACUCUUAUUGCUUUUGCCAGCUUUACGUUCAAUUAGUCCAUCUACAAUAGAAGAAGUGUUUUUCAAAAAAACCAUUGGGAAUGUGCCAAUUACAAGACUGCUUUCAGAUAUGUACAAAUCCAGUGAUAUAUAAACCACCUUAAAAAUAAACAAACAAUCAGGACGGACAGUUUGAUAAGAACUUAUCUAUGGAGAAUAAGCCUCAACUAACAAAAUCUACAGGAAGCAUAAGCCUGGGAAUGUUUAACUUUUAAAUUCAUUGAGAAAUUUAAAAAAAAAGUCCCAUUAGAUAUGAUUUUGCUGCCUUGAACAGAGUGAUUUAGAGCAUGGAGAGAGUGUUUUGCUCUACAGAAAAAGUUAAUUGGAUGGAAUUUGGCUGCUUCUCUUUCUACAGGGUGGUGGCAAUUCAUUUGUCAGUCAUAGUUAAGAAAGACUGUGCAAUUCUAUCAUUUAGCUGGCAGAUCUGAGAUAAAAAGGAAGUACUUUAGUUCUUUCAUUUGGAACAUUGGGUAACCAAACAUUGCAUCUGUUAUAAUGCGUCAUGAGGUGGCCUUCAGAUCUGUUUUUAAAAGUAGCUUAUAUGGUGAAUAUGUUCAUAAUAUUAUAGACAACAUCUAAAACCAGGUUACCAAAACAUUGCUUCUGUUGUAAUACAUCAUAAAGUGGCCUUCAGAACUGAUUUUAAAAGUAGCUUAUGCUGGCAGUUACAUUUUGGAUUCAACAGGCCAGGCCUUCCUGUAAAAUGAACUGGUAAACUUUGAUGCAAAUCAUCAGAAUUUCAGUUUGGUUAACAUCUCAAAGACAGAAGAGCUUUACACAUAAAAAAAGGAAAAAUGAAUACAAGUCAAGUAAGAAAGACUAAAACAGCAAAACCAAAUAAAAUGUAGAUGAUUGAUUCAGUGAGCUGAACGCUGUCCCAUUGGCAUAGUGCUGAAACCAAAGGCAAUGGUGGCCAAACUCUUUGUCAAUGAGAUGUGCAGAAAGGUGAAAUAACUUAAUUAUGAAGAAAUAAAGAUGGUCAAUUGAUACAAUGCUAAUAGUCUCCAAGACUCUCCAAUGCCUUUUUAGAAAACUUCGGGUUCCAAUUAAAGCUUUGAUCUCUCUCUCACACACACACGUUAUAAGCUGCUUAUUUGAUAUAAGACUAUACUUAUUAAAAAUGUAGAAAAAACAUAAAAAGAUAGCUGCUGUACUUUUCAAAUUUUGAUUUG